CACGAACGGAUAAAAUAUUUCUUAAGUGCUGUAAAACAAAAAAUAUAAAUUUAAUUCAAAUGCGAAAUAAACAACCAAAUAGUUUUAAAUAAUUCAUAAUUUAAUAAAAAAGAGUUUUUUCUCGAUAGAAAGAAGGUGAUAAAUGAACAUUUAGAUAUUUAUUAAAAUCAAAAUACACAAAAUCCCAGCCACAUCGAAGCCACUUUUGUUUACCUUCGGCUUGUGGUUCGUUAUUAAGAAAAUGUAAACAAUUCAUAUGUGAGCAAUAAAAUACUUUUCCAACGCGCAAACACGAAAAAUAGAUUUUUUUAUUUGUGAAAAGAGCACCUGGCGGAGAGUUUCAUUGUUCCAAGAACCGCUGCGCUUAAGUGCCCGUCCGGUUAAUAGCAUUUUUUAACAAUAUUUUUGUAUCGGAAUUUUUAAGUGUAAAAAGUGGAACAAACUAGAAUCGUGCUUCCGGGAGUUGAGCAGGCUAAUGAAGACCACUUUGUUAAACCAGACUAUGGAGAAUGUACGAUUUUCGAUUAUAGAAAACGACUUGAACUGGAAUUCAGAUAGAGAACUAGAAGACUUAUACGACAAACGUAGCAUAUCCAGCGAGAGCGAUAGUGAUAUAUUUAGUAAUGAAACCGAUGCCAUUAAUUCCUGGCAACAACAUAGCCAUGUUAUUUGGGACAUUAAAGAAAUUGAAGACACAUUAAGUCGACAAUGUGUUAGUUCCGGCAAUAUUUUCGAAAUGGUUAAGUGUGGAGAGUUUUACGAAUUAAGUUCCGGUUCUUCAGAAGUAAAUCUGGCUUUGCUCUACUCAGCUUUGUACGGAUUUGUAGAUAGCAUCGUGAUUCUUCUGAAUACGUUUUUUGCCGAUCCUAAUGCCCAUGAUUCAAAAGGAAGAACAUCAUUGCACUUUGUUUGCGCGAAUGGUAAUUCUCAAAUUGCUAAAAUUUUGUUGGAUCAUGAAGCGGACCCAAACUGUUGGGAUUUCAAAAAGGAAGUGACGCCUUUACAUUGUGCUGCAAGCGCUGGGAGCGUAGAUUGUGUAUUACUUCUACUUCGGCGAAGGGCACAAAUAAACAUUGGAAUAGAAAAACGAUCAGCUCUUCACUUUGCUAUUGACAGGAAUGCUGUUGAAUGUGUUGAAACGCUAUUGAAGUAUGGCGCUAAUCCAAAUACACCUCAAGUCUACACAGAGACUCCUUUGCACACAGCAUGUGCUUUAGGGAAUACAAAAUGUGUAGAGCUUUUACUUGCCCAUGGAGCUGAUGUUCGGCCACAAUUUGGAGAAGGCAAGCUAACAGCACUUCACCUUGCUGCCGAAAAUGACUAUGUAGAAUGUGUGCGACUUCUAUUAGAAAAUGGCGCUGAUGUUAACUGUCGAAAUGCAGGCUAUCAAACGCCAUUGCACUUAGCCUGUCUAUCACAGUCGGUGGAAACUGUGGAGAUGUUAAUUAAAUAUGGUGCCAACGUGAAUGCGCAUUACAGAGAUGGCCGAACAGCUCUACAUGCAGCCAUCGUUAAGCAAUCAAGAUGUUUAGAUUGUUGCAUUGCUCUGUUAAGAGCUGGAGCCGAUGUUAAUAAGGCAGACAACUAUGGAUACACUCCCUUACACAUAGCUGCUUUAAAUGAGUUCAGCAACUGUGUUUAUACAUUUAUAGAAAAUGGAGCAGAUGUAACGGCAAGGACUGAUGGGAAUGUUUCGGCAUUAUCAUUUAUUGUACGGCGAACUCCUGAUGUGGUGCCUAAACUCAUUGCCAAUUUGGACGCAUCAAUUAAGGUCAACGAUCAUGAAAUAGGAGAUGUCGAUUGCGAAAUAAAAUUGGACUUUCGACAUUUGGUUCCAUUGCCAACUCUGGAAAGAGGCGAGACAGAGCUGCUUAUGUCCUUCAUUGAAGUUGGCCAGAAGCGCAUUCUGAUACAUCCACUAUGCGAAACAUUCUUAUUUCUAAAAUGGAGACGAAUACGAAAAUUCUUCCUCAUGAGCCUCCUGUACCACACAGUAUACGUCCUAAUGUUUACAAUCUAUGUGUUUGGAGUAUACGUUAGAAACUGCGAAAAGGGUACCACCUGCACGGCAGCAAAUUAUAUAUCAUCUACUGGCUACUUUGUGGUGGUUUUAAAUCUAUUGCUGUUAGUUAAGGAGCUUUUUCAGAUGGCACAUGGUUUGACGGGCUAUGCAAAAUAUUGGGAAAACUGGUUGCAGUGGACGAUAAUUUUUGGAGUGUUUCUAUGCGUGACACCUGCUCUCUUGGUUGCUAAAGAUUUGCUUGCAGUACCCGAGUGGCAACAUCAUGUCGCUGCAAUUGUUAUGUUCCUUGUAUGGCUGGAAUUAAUGAUGUUGGUCGGUCGGUUUCCUAUUUUUGGGCUUUACAUUCAAAUGUUCACAAAGGUUUCUAUGAACUUUGGAAAAUUUUUACUAGCUUACUGCUGCUUAUUAAUUGCGUUUGGGCUGAGUUUUUGCGUCCUGUUUACAGAUUAUCCUGCUUUUAUAAAUAUAGCCUGGUCCCUUCUAAAAGCUGUCACAAUGAUGUCCGGCGAACUUGAGUUUGAGGAUAUUUUUUACGGAGAUAUUCCAAUUAAAUACCCCGUAACUGCGCAUAUUCUAUUUCUAUCAUUUGUAUUACUAGUGACCGUUAUAUUAACUAAUUUAAUGGUUGGGUUGGCGGUAAAUGAUAUUCAAGGUCUGCAAGUUUCAGCAACAUUAGAUAGACUAGUUCGGCAAGCGGAGUUGGUGUCACGUCUUGAAUGCCUACUCUUUUCACGCCUUCUUCGGAACUCACCAAGGCGAUUGUUGGCUCUAUGUAAACGCAGCUCUUUACUUCGGGCAUCAAGAAACCAAUUGCAAUUUGUCAUGCGUCCCAAUGACCCAAGAGACAAACAGUUGCCGGAGGAAUUGAAAAUAAACAUCUAUAAGAUGGUUGCGGAGAGAAGAGAUCGCAGCCAGAGCCUCAAGCAGAAAAAAUACGAGAAUAAUUGUAUGUUUUUUAACAAAUCCAUGCAAAGUCGUGAAUUCAACAAAAAUCAGAAAGCAGAUAACUUGUGCAUACUGCGCCCUCGUUCAGCAACAAAUGUACCAAGUCAAUUGAAAUUAUAUGAAAAUUUUAGCUCUUCGACCGAUUUGAAACCCCAAAAUGACAAUAUUAAACCAUUGAAACAAGAGAUUCAGUGCAUAAAAGUCCAAUUGAAGGAUUUGUCUGAGAAAAUUGAGAAACUAGUUGAAAUCAUUGAUGUAAAAUCCAUUAAUGUCUCAGAAGAGCUAGGUAACAUUAAAAAAAAAUUAGAACAAAAAUCUCAGUUUUACUUUUAGCAGAUAAUAGAAUUCGUAAAUUAAAAUUA